CAGUGAGGCCACAUUGGAGAAGGAGAAGCACUUGAAAAGCUCGAGAGAGAGAGAGAGAGAGAGAGAGGAAGUGUAAAGUGAGAGAGGGGAGCGAGAGAGAGAGAGUGUCGUGACCUCUCCGUCUCUCGUCUUCUACGCUUCCAAAAACUCGAAUUUUCUUCCUCACAUUGGGCGACUGGGGAAAUGUCGGAGCAGAAGAGCAGCAGCAGCAGUGGCAGUUACAACAGAUGGAGUUGGGAUUUACCGGGGUUCGAACCUAGGAGGGCGGCGCCGGAGCACGACGAUCAGUAUCGUCCCAAGCCGCCUGCGCCUUUGGUUCGGAGGUACUCCAUCUCCUCCGCAUCGAUUCCCACGCAUUCGGACCUAUCUAAGCACGCUCUUAACUCCGGACUCUUAAGAUUGAAGGACAAACUCAAGCUUGUUAGGGAGGACUAUGCAGAGUUGCGACAAGAAGCCAGUGAUCUGCAGGAAUACUCCAAUGCAAAACUUGACCGUGUGACGCGCUACCUUGGUGUACUUGCUGAUAAGACCCGUAAGCUAGAUCAGGCUGCUCUUGAAUCAGAAGCUAGGAUUUCUCCACUGAUAUCUGAGAAGAAAAAAUUAUUUAAUGACUUAUUGACUACCAAAGGAAACAUACAAGUGUUUUGCCGCGUAAGACCACUUUUUGAAGAUGAAGGUCCAUCUGUUGUUGAAUUCCCUGAUGAUUUUACUAUUCGUGUCAAUACUGGUGAUGAUAGUGCAUCUAAUCCUAAGAAGGAUUUUGAGUUUGAUAGAGUUUAUGGUCCUCAUGUUGGUCAAGUUGAACUAUUUACUGAUAUUCAGCCUUUUGUUCAGUCAGCCUUUGAUGGAUAUAAUGUUUCUGUAUUUGCUUAUGGUCAAACACACUCGGGAAAGUCACACACCAUGGAAGGGUCUAGUCAUGAUCGUGGUUUAUAUGCUAGAUGUUUUGAGGAGCUGUUUGAUUUAUCCAAUUCGGAUGCAACUUCAACAUCUAAGUUUAAUUUCUCAGUUUCAGUCUUUGAGCUCUACAAUGAACAGAUAAGAGAUUUGCUUUUGGAAUCUGGUGGUGAUCUUCCAAAAACUGGCAUCAGGUUACCAGAUUGUUUUGUGGAACUUGUACAGGAAAAGGUGGAGAACCCAUUGGAUUUUUGCAGAAUCCUCAAAGUAGCAUUUCAGAAUCGAGGAAGCAAUACAUCAAAGUUUAAUGCCACUCAUCUGAUAAUCUGUGUACAUAUAUAUUAUGAGAAUGUGAUCACUGGUGAGAAUUUUUACAGCAAGCUUUCACUCAUUGACUUGGCUGGAAGUGAAAGUGUAACUGUAGAAGAUGAUAGUGGGGGACAAGCGACAGAUUUGCUGCAUGUCAUGAAUUCACUAUCAGCAUUAGGAGAUGUUUUAAAUUCAUUGACUUCAAAGAAGGACAGUGUUCCAUAUGGAAACUCAAUGCUUACAAAGUUAUUUGCAGACUCAAUAGGUGGAAAUGCAAAGACAGUAAUGAUUGUCAAUAUCUGUCCAAAUGCUUUAAAUUUGUCUGAGACAUUAUCAUCCCUCAAUUUUUCUGCCAGAGCUAGGAGUGCUGUACUAAGUCUUGGAAAUCGGGAUACAAUCAAGAAAUGGAGAGAUAUUGCCAAUGAUGCUCGCAAGGAACUUUAUGAGAAGGAGAAGGAAAUCAAUGAUCUGAAGCAGGAGGUUACGGCAACAAAACAGGAUCUGAAACAUGCCAAUGAUCAGUGUGUUCUACUAUUCAAUGAAGUUCAGAAGGCUUGGAAAGUGUCUUUUACACUCCAGUCAGAUUUAAAGGCUGAGAACAUUAUGCUUGUUGAUAAGCAUAAGAUAGAGAAGGAACAAAACUCACAGCUUAGGAAUCAAGUUGCUCAACUCUUGCAGUUGGAGCAAGAGCAGAAGAUGCAGAUAAAAGAACGUGAUUCUACUAUUCAAGCAUUACAGACCAAACUCAAAAGCAUUGAGUUGCAACUGAAUGAAGCUCUUUCUUCUAGUGAGAAAAGGUCAAUAAAUGGUUCAGAAUCAAGGCCUACAGUGCAGACUAGUUCCAAACCAACAACUGACAACAUGGAUUCUACAGCUGUUACUAGAAGACUUGAAGAGGAACUUUUAAAACGUGAUGCACUUAUUGAGAGGUUGCAUGAAGAGAAUGAGAAGCUAUUUGAUAGGUUGACAGAAAAAGCCUCAUUAGCUGGAUCACCACAGGUGUCAAGUCCAUCACCCAAAGGGCCAACUGUACAGAGCCGAGACAUGGGAAGAAAUGAUAAUAACAUUAAAGGACGAGGUGUGGAUGAGGUACCUUUGCCUUUGGUGUCAGAUAAGUCUGAAGGAACUGUUGCUUUGGUUAAGCCUGGUACUGAAAAUAUUAAGAGAACCCCAGCUGGAGAAUAUCUCACAUCUGCCUUGAAUGAUUUUGAUCCUGAACAAUAUGACAGCCUUGCUGCCAUAUCUGAUGGAGCAAACAAGCUUUUAAUGCUGGUUCUGGCAGCUGUCAUUAAAGCUGGUGCAUCUAGAGAACAUGAGAUACUUGCUGAAAUUCGAGAUGCUGUGUUUGCUUUCAUUCGUAAAAUGGAGCCAAAGAGAGUAAUGGAUACCAUGCUUGUUUCCCGUGUUAGGAUUUUGUAUAUUAGAUCUUUGCUUGCUAGGUCACCAGAGCUCCAAUCUAUCAAGGUUUCCCCUGUUGAACGUUUUUUGGAGAAAGCUAAUACUGGACGGAGUAGAAGCUCUAGCCGUGGUAGUAGCCCUGGAAGAUCUCCCGUGCGUUAUAACUCUCUGGUUGAUGAACAGAUUCACGGGUUUAAAGUAAAUUUAAAGCCAGAAAAGAAGUCAAAAUUAUCGUCUGUGGUUCUUAAGAUACGUGGUAUUGAUCAGGAAACUUGGAGGCAGCAUGUUACAGGAGGAAAGCUCAGAGAGAUAACUGAGGAAGCUAAAAGUUUUGCAGUUGGAAACAAGGCUCUUGCUGCCCUUUUUGUUCAUACUCCAGCAGGAGAACUGCAGCGUCAAAUUAGAAAUUGGCUUGCUGAGAACUUUGAUUUUCUUUCUGUUACUGACGACACAGUUGGUGGAGCUACUGGUCAGCUGGAACUUCUUUCUACUGCAAUAAUGGAUGGCUGGAUGGCUGGACUUGGUGCUGCAAUGCCUCCUAAUACUGAUGCUCUGGGUCAGCUUUUGUCUGAAUAUGCAAAGCGAGUUUAUGGUUCUCAGCUUCAGCACUUGAAGGACAUUGCAGGUACCCUGGCAACUGAGGUGGCAGAGGACUCUGCACAUGUUGCUAAGCUGCGUUCAGCUUUGGAAUCUGUUGAUCACAAGAGAAGAAAGAUUUUACAACAAAUGAGGACCGAUGUGGCACUGUUCACAUUAGAAGAUGGUGGUUCACCAGUUCGAAAUCCUUCAACUGCAGCCGAAGAUGCUCGACUUGCAUCACUGGUUUCUCUUGAUGGCAUAUUGAAACAAGUCAAGGAUAUUAUGAGGCAAUCAUCUGUUAACAGUCUUGGUAGAAGUAGGAAGAAAGCAAUGCUUUCAUCUCUAGAUGAGCUUGCAGAACGUAUGCCUUCGUUACUUGACAUUGAUCAUCCAUGUGCCCAAAAGCACAUCGAAGAAACUCGCCAUAUAGUGGAGUCAAUUCCUGAAGAGGAUGAUCGGCUUCAUGACACUGUAAAUAGUGCAGAUGCGGUGGGGUCAGCGGGUGAAACUGAUGUGGCGCAAUGGAAUGUUCUACAGUUCAACACAGGUUCAACAUCCCCUUUUAUUAUCAAAUGUGGAGCUAACUCAAAUUCUGAACUGGUCAUCAAAGCUGAUGGCCGAGUUCAAGAACCCAAAGGGGGUGAGAUCGUUCGAGUUGUUCCAAGACCAACUGUUCUUGAAAAUAUGAACUUGGAGGAGAUGAAGCAGUUAUUCACACAGCUUCCCGAGGCCCUAAGCCUUCUUGCACUUGCUCGGACAGCAGAUGGAACCCGAGCUAGGUAUUCUAGAUUAUACAGGACGCUUGCUAUGAAGGUUCCAGCGUUGAGGGAGCUCAUAAGUGAGCUAGAGAAGGGCGGAGUGCUGAAGGACAUGAAGUCGUAAGUGCAAGUAUUGAAGAGCAAACGAUAAGGUGCGUUUGACCACCUUGUGUUGUUAAAUUCCAUGGCUUGUGUUGUGUGUGUUUUGAAGAUCUGCCAUGUUGCACGUCUUGUGCCAUUAUUUGUUUGGGACAUUGAUAAGUAACCUCUGUGGGGUUUAAUGUAAUCUUGGUUACAGUCAUUGCCCUUGUGACCAAUUUCCAGUUUUGGUACGUUUUGUAGCAUGUUAUGUAUAUAAUACUCUGCCACUGGCAUACUGCUCUUGUAAAACUCCAUUGCUCUCUAAGAUAUGCUCUCAGUUGAUCUAUCUAUAUAAUAUUUUAUAUUUUGAUUA